AUGGGUAACUCCCAGACCAAGGAGUCCCGGUCCUCCACUCCGCGUCGCCGCAGCCAACAAUGGUCGCCAGGCGCUUCCGAUGCUCCCAACCGGGUCCUCUACCAGUCGCCUCGGUCGGGUAGAAGCAGUCGGCCAGACCUGUCGAUCCUCGGAAUCGGCAGCGGCCAUCACCAUGAUCGCGACGUGGCCACUCUGGAACAAAGGCGGGAAACCAAGCAGGAACGGGAAGCGCGUCGUCUGGAGAAGGAGCGGGCGGCUCGAGUGAAGGAACGAGAGCGCAGUAUGAAGGAAGAACAUGUGGAUGGGGGCUACCUCGUCACCCAAGGUGUCUAUGUGGGAACAGAGGAUUUCAACAAGGCCGUCGUCCGCCAACUGAUGAUUGAACGUCGUCUGGCCCCCUUCUGGAGAGGGCUGAACGAUUUCUCAGAUUCAUGGGCCGAACACCAGCUGAUGGCUGCCGCCCGGGGCAUGACCAUACCUCCGCCGGAUGAGAUUCCCCCCGAGUUGGAGUACACCCUGCCCAAGCCAUCCGAUGCGAAGGAUUCGGCCGAUGCGACUAACAUUCAACAUCUCACCGUGCCUAUCACAUCGCGCUCCCAGUCUCUCAACUCUGAUAUAUCGCAAACCUCCAACCCCGCCCAUUCAUUACCAUCAGCGCUAUCACCGAUUGCAUCAGGGACCUCCACCUCGCCUCUAUUCCGCGCCCGCGCGAAGACUCUAGCCGCCCUGACGACGUCUUCAAAGCAUGGCUCCCAGACGGACCUCACGCCGCGAGAGUUGCAACUUCCCAAAGACCUUUUUGUCAACGGACAGCCGAUUGAGGUCUAUCUGUACAAGGAUUCCAGCGAAUGUCCUAUCUGUUUUCUUUACUACCCGCCGUAUCUCAACCAUCAAGCGCCCAGAACCGCACCCCCAGAGCAUGGGGAGCCCGACGCGAACGCCCCAGCGCCGACCGAGGGCGAACGAGCUGAAUCAACCGAGGGUCAGCUCGUCUCAGAACCUUCGGCUUGCCCGUUCUGUGUCCAGCCUGAAUUUGGAGUCACUUAUACUCCUCCUCACUUCCGCCGCGGCUUGACCUAUGCCGCAGACCCAAGCGCGCGGCCAUCACCCAAUAUCACAUCUCCUGUCUCCUCCACGUCAUCUCUGUCUUCCGCCAACCUAGCUCCAGUGGUCGGUCGUCGCCGGGCGACAUCCUUAUCCGCCACUGACCCUGCUGUGGUCACCACCGAUAAGGUUCGUCCGGACUGGGCACAGAAACUCGCAAAUGCCCGAGCGCAUGCUGCGCGUCGAUCCGCUGCGGCGACCGCCCUUCACACCGCAGCUUAUCUGAUGAACUCAAGCAAUUCGGGCAGUGACUCCCGUGGUCUCGGCCUGGGACGUCGAGGACUACGGCGCGCCACGCACGGGGAUGCCGGCCGGACCGGGUCUCCCGCGCUGAAUGCCCUGGCCUUCUUGUCUGAGCGCCCGGACCGAACCCCGCCGCGUGCGCCGGCGCAGGAUACAGAUUCGGCCGAAGAAGGAUCAGGAAGCAUCGCGCCGCCACGAGACGCAUCCCGACGUACCCGCAUCGACGAUCUUGAGGAAAUGAUGAUGAUGGAAGCGAUUCGUUUGAGUCUGGCCAGCGAAGAAGAACGUCGAAGGAGAGAGGAAAAGGAAAUCAGAAAGGAGGCCAAGAAGCGGGAGAAAGAAGCCAAGAAGGCGGGAAAGGUUGCUCGCAAGAACGGCUUGUAUAGCAACAAUGCUAGCACUGUGGCACUGGAGGUUCCCGGAGAGUCUUCUCUCAGCAAGGAUGCCAGCAGUGCUUCCUCGGUUGUGGGCGAGGAUUCUACUGCUGCAGGAAAGGGCAAGGCCGUCGACCGGACAAUCCAGGCUGCAUCAAGUAGUGCUGGUCCGGUGGAUCAGACUCCUUCUGCUUCUCUAACCGUGGAAUCUGCGGCUGCCGAACCCUCAAAACCCUCCCAUCUUCGCCACGUAUCGAGUGCAUCCUCUUCCUUCUCAUCCAUUAUGGAAACCAAUACCGAGGACCGAUCGGGUGGACAUAUUGGUGCCGAUGGCAGCAACACCUCCUUGGAGCCCAUGUUCAACUUCCGUAGUCUGGCUGCGGUCAUCGGCGACGAGGAGAAGCCCAGUGAAGCCGAACACGUCGAGGAUACGGCCACCCAUCCUCCGGCCGAGGGCUCUUCGAGCGCCACUCCUUCCGUCCAUCAGCCGACUAAUCCUGCGAAACCUGAUUCCGAUGCGGCGGACCCGAUCAUUCCCAACCCGACACCUGUGGUGAGUCCUGCGAUAGAGACUCCAAACGGUUCAGGUGGAAUUCUUCCCAAGGAACUUGAGACUCGAUCUGUCGAGAUUGCCGCCCACACUGAGACCUCAUAA